UAACAUCGACAACCCGAUAGACCCCGCGACCAGAAUGACAUGGUGAUACGUGAUUAUUUCAAGAAAUAAAUAUUCGUUCGAUUAAUCGAAUACUGAAAGAAAUUAUUCGAAUGAAUCGAAUAUUGAAAGAUGCCCCAACGGUUAAUCGAUAAUCGAACAAAUGAAAAUUUUAGGCAUCACUAUUCGCCGCAAUGCGUGGAAGGAAACGAAACAUAAAAACACAUACAAGAUACAUCGCGUCGCGUCGAAUCGUGCUCGAUGGAUUUGCAUACAAGGCGUCUUCGCACAAGUAGGGAGAGCAAUAUGCGAGCCACUGCUGCAUGCAAAUCGUAUGACAUCACUGUGCUUUAAUAAGAAUGUGAAGCAAGUUGACAAAUAUCUAAAAGUUCUUACAGUAGGCAGUGGAAUGUGUUCGAAACCAUAUCCUGUGUUCGAAUACUGAAGUUUGGUUUUCAGCUGUAUGGAAAAAAGUUGGAUGUUCCCUGCGAAAGAAAAUUCGCAGUGUUUUCUUGUCGAAACAAGUUAUUUUUAGGUAAAAGUUUAUUCUUGUUUUAUAAUCUCGAUCUGGAGGAGAAGGGUUUGGUUUUGUGGAGGAAAGCAGAUGGCAUGUAAUCGGUAAUCUGUAAUCAGAAUGGGCAACAUAAUGAAUAAGGUAACCAGUCCGAUCCAGGCGAUACGGGGUAGAAAACGGAAACGUAGUGACGUUGAUUCGGAUGCGAGCGAUGAAAACAGUGAUUUGCUGGACAAAUCACUUGCUACUCCAAAGCGGAAGAAGCUGAUCUCCACCGCAAAGUACAUCUACCAGGCGCUGUUCAAGGAGGAGCGCAACUCUGACAUCACAGUGCAUGCCCUGGGUAAACUGUGGCGCUUGCACAAGGUAUACCUAAGCCAAAGUCCGUACUUCGCUAGCAUGUUCAACGGAUCGUGGCGGGAAGCGGACGAGGAUUAUGUUCACAUAGAGAUUAUCGAUCCCAAGAUUACCAUUGAAUCUCUGUAUUCGGUGUUUGGUUCCUUGUACAUGGACGAAGUAGUUCUCGAGCCGAGAGAGAUUGUGUCGACUCUGGCAACGGCAACCCUUUUCCAGCUGGAUAGCUUGAUUGACCGAUGCGCGGAAGUGAUGAUCGAGACGACUAACGCGGAGACCGCAGUUAAGUACUAUGAGGCUGCAUGUGAGUAUGGGGUGAAAAGUGUGAAACAUUCCACCUUCCGCUGGCUGCUGGUAAAUCUUCUUACGUUGUAUUACAAAACCGACAAGUGGUUACGACUGAUUAGCAUCGAGUUGAUGGAACUGUUGGUGGCUAGCCCUGAUUUGUACGUGAUACAAACCGAAGUCUCAUUGUACACCAUGUUGCGGUCAUGGGUGUACUUGAAGUUGAAUCCCGCAGGGGAGGAGGGAUGCGAAAAGUUGGCGUCUUCUGACGAGCAAAUGCAGUAUUUCGCCCACAUGGAUGAGACGCUACCCUUCCUGAAAACGGAAAACGGAAAGCCGUUUGAAGCUUGUUUCCGAAGUUUAAGACUGCAUAAUCUGAUAAACCAUCAUGUCGAUAUUGGAAUACUGGUACGGGAUAAUAUCAUGCCGCUGGAAUGGCUGAACGAGCCGGUGUUCCAGCAAUGGAAUAGUAUGCUUCUCAUCGAUCAGUCUCUAGACAAAGGACCGAAAGAUAUCAACGAAAAAGUGUUCCUGGACAGUUGCAUACGAUGUGGGAUAACGCUUGCAGCGAGUUGCAACAGAAGAUGGCGCUGGACUGGGUUCAAUUUUGGACUCGAUUUGAUCAUGAUAUCGGACACUAAAACGUUAAGGGUAAAGCGUCACCAUCGGACGGAAAAUGAACGACUGCUGAGUUUACAGGUAAAACGGCAGUUCCUCAUUCGUGUUUCGCUAGCAUCCCUGAACGACCUGCGCCAAAUUAAACAUCAGCAAACAACCCCCAUUCAGUCAAUUUCGUUGGAUAAAAACGAGGAGGCGAUGUUGAUCAUGCUCGAUAAGGAACUCACCUACCCGCUGCACGUUUCAAUCAAUAUGCUCGUGGUGUCACCUUCGCGGACAAAUAUGAACACAUCCGGCGUGGGACCUCUAACGGGUGGUCCAUCCAGUCCAUCCAGGCAGCAGCGAGACGCAGCCUUCGACGAAGAACCGCUGGAGGUCAGUGGCAGUAACACGGCCGUUUAUUCCUGAUUGCAGUUAAUCUGUGUGGUGCCAUCUCACAUUUUUUCCCCACUCUCAUCCAGUGUCUUAUUCUAACAGUAGUGAUAUACGUCAGGGUAGCGUUUUAGUGUUUGUGAUUAUUCUUUAUUUUGGAUUCGAACUAUCGUUAAUGCGUUGAAUUGGAGGAGCCUCUUAUGAAGUAUUUUUUAGGGCAAACGAGCUUAUUUUUUUUGGCAGAAUAUUUACUGUGUUGAGCCCCUGUUUGAAUAUAUAAUAACAAAAGUCUGUUAUUAUGAACAGAA